CAGGCGAGGUGAGGAUACAACCCUAGUUGAACCUAUACUGGGUGAAGAAACAAAUAUGAGUAGCGGCAGUGUUCGCUGAGCAGAACACAAGCGCGUGGCGAACAGUGGUGAGAGACGCGCCCUAUCACCCAAUCAAUUGAGCAUAUACAGUCUUUCUAAUAACAUUGUGGCCAUUUCCGAACACUUUGAAGCACUUUGGAGGAGAUUUACAUGAAGAAGAGGAACUUCAUUUGGCUAUUUCACUGACAGAUGGUGGCAUUGCAACGUGAAUCACAGCCACUCGGAGCCAGCAUCAUUAUCAGAACAACCAGUGAGUGUAUUUCUAAAGUGAGCUCUUAAACAAAGCUCAAGCACACAAUCUAUGAGUUUGGCAGUUACCUUAUCACACCAAGCAUGAAAGACCAUACUAGACCCACCAGUAGCAUCCUCCAGGAUGUGUCUGGUGGUCCCUCCCAUCUGUUGGGACUGGAAGGCCUGGACCCAAGGCCUCUGAGCGGGGCAAUGUCCUUCACUGACGAGGCGGUCUCCAUCCUGACCUCCAGCAGCCAGCUAGCCCGUUCCCUACUGGGCUGCACCUCCGCCCUGAAGCGGAAAGAAAGCCUAGCCGCCACCGCUAACCAUGCUAACGCUAAUGCUAUCGCUAACAACAGUGACGACGACUUUGACGAUAGCAACAGCGCUCUGCGCCGCAAACGCGAGUUCACUCCCGAUGAGAAGAAGGACGACGGCUACUGGGAUAAGAGAAAGAAGAACAACGAGGCGGCGAAACGGUCGCGUGAAAAACGACGCGCCAACGACAUGGUCCUGGAGACGAGGGUUCUGGGGUUGUUGGAGGAGAACGCCCGGCUAAGGGCAGAACUCCUGGCCCUCAAGUUCCGCUUUGGCCUAGUCAAGGACCCCUCUGACGUGGCCAUAAUGCCGCUGUCCGUGCCUCCACCUAACCAUCUUGAACCGAGGUACUACCUACCCCACGGUGAUGGUUCCUACCCCCAUAACACUGCCACCUCCCACCACCUCCACCUCCACCAUCCCCACCACUCAUCCCCAUACGGGGUGAGAGGAACUGGGCUGCCAGCAGGGCGUGACGUGGGCAGUAGUAUAUCCGAGGACUCUGGUUUCUCCCCUGGAAGCUCCAACAUUGGCAGCCCUGUAUUCUUUGACGAUGGACUAGGGGACCACAGCCGAACUUCCCCCAGAAUGGUGGAGGAGCAGGGGGGGUAUGAGCCUCACGCCUCGCUGGAGGCCGAAGGACAGUACCACGGCAGGCAGGACUCUAGCCUACCACACAAACUCCGCUUCAAAACGCCUGGUGGAGGUAGCGAAGGUGGGGAGAUACCAGCAAGGUCCCCUGACAGUAGACGCCCUUGCCCUGUAGCUACAGUCGGACCAAACAUCCAGAGGAGCCAGGCUGGAUGGUACAGUCAUAGGGGCGAGCGCCAGGUUGCGUGGCCCAGGGAGGAGGCCCGUGCUGGGCAUGAUCAGCAGCACCACUACCCCCCCUCUGGAGGUUCUCCACACAGCCCCACCACUGCCACCUCCACAGACACCCAGUACGUGGCGGAGAAUGGCGCCCUCAAAUCCCAGCUCAGUUCUCUAUCGCAGGAGGUAGCCCAGCUCAAGAAACUGUUCUCUCAGCAGCUGCUCUCCAAACUGGUCUGAGAUCAGGUUGAACACACUCUUGACCUCCCCUUUACACACAUUUUUACAUUAACAUUUUACAUUUAAAUACAGAGGGAGAUGGAGCAACUUUAACAGAGAGAGAGGGGGAGAGAAAUAUAGAGAGAAAGGGGUAUAGACUCAAAGACACUUUCCCUGUGAAAGUUACAUUCACUUCAACCUGAACGUUGACUCUCACAGGACACUUUCACUGUGACUCAGGUCUCAGCUGAACUUGACUUCCACAGCACAGCACUGCCCAUUGAUCUCAAGCAAACAGCCCCUAUCAAGUGUGAGGAAGCUGAACGAACCAUAUGACAACCUGAACACUACUUCAAUAACACAUUCUCCAGAUACUACAAUACAGUGGUCUUCACCACUAUAAAAGCACACCAGCACAGGAAAGACCAGUUACAAUAGCAAUUCAGUCAAAACCAAUACUUCAGGAUACGCUGUUUGAUUUACAGUACUAUAAAACAGCAUUUAUGGGUAACUUAUAUAAUUCACAUUUUUACAUUUUUAUUUUUAGUAAUUUAGCAGACACACUUAUCCAGGGCGAUAUACAGUAGUGAGUGCAUACAUUUUCAUACUUUUUUGUAUGAUACCUGAAAUACUCUAUAUAUAUAUAUUUUUUUUUACACUGAUCUGACUUGUUUCUUUGAUAAAGUUUCACAUUCUUUCUUUAGAGACUUUUAUUGAACAGGUCAGUCUUAAAACACUGGAUUACACUGGUAAAUAUGAGUACAUGCAGCAGUACACACACUGAUGUCAUAGAUAGAUCAUUUGGAAACCCAUUCCGUUUGUAUUAUUACUUUACAUGUCCGAUUAUCCUGCUACUGUAUGCCAUGGUAUCCCUCACCUCUAUGUGUUUGUACACAGUUUGUCUUAAACAGAUUUGGCAAAACAUAUUUUUUUUAAAUAACAGAUUCUAUGUACAUAUUCUUUAAUUUCAACAGUAAGUAAUGUGAUAUACGUACAUGUAAAUAAAUAAACUGUUUUUCCUAAUCAGUG